UAUAAAUAAUCCUGAUUGCACUCAAAGUGGCUAGGUAUUGUGAGUACGCUUCUGUUCCCCCUCUCGUUUACUUUCUGUGUUUCGAUGUGUCUUUUAAAGCAUUUGAGCGUUCUGCUUGUGCUGCUUUCGCCGUUGAUCUUGGAGGCAGCUGGGCCGAUCCGUUGCUUGCCCUGCACCGAUGAAAGGUUGGCGCACUGCCCGCCCGUGGAUAAUACGUGCACAGAAGAGAUGGUGAGAGAGCCAGGUUGUGGCUGCUGCCAGAUGUGUGCACUGUCUCGCGGCCAGCCUUGUGGGGUGUACACGGCACGCUGUGCGACAGGGCUGCGAUGUUACCCCCAGCUGGUGGAAACCAAACCUUUGGAGACUCUCAUGCAAGGACGUGGCAUAUGCAUGGAUAUUGCUGAGGUGGAAAGGAUUCAAGCAAUACAAGCAGAAACACAAGCUACUGAAGUGGAAAUUGAGAGUCCCAGUCCAGAUGGCACAGAAGGCACCCAAACAGGCACCAACUUCAGGUUUAUGCCUGCUCCUGGGCAUGUCAUCCCAGACAGACUGUUCGAGACACGGAAUUCAGCUGAUGCACAGAUGGGAAUGAGGGCCCGGAUAAACUACAAACAGAAGCAGAGAGAGCAACUAGGUCCAUGCCAGGAAGAAAUGCAGCGAGCAAUCGACAGGAUUACCUUGGCACAGCAGCGUACUAAUGAGGAACUUUACAGGUUUCACAUUCCCAACUGUGAUAAGAGAGGAUUCUACAACCUUAAGCAGUGUGAGUCGUCAUUGGACGGGCAACGUGGACGAUGCUGGUGUGUUCAUCGCUGGACUGGAAAGAGGAUCGCAGGGUCUCCAGAAGUGAGAGGUGAUCCGCAGUGCCACAGGCACGAUGGACAUGUUUCGGCAUCACCAGAACAAAAUAAUUGAAGUGUCUUAAGAAACUGAUGAGACGUUAACAUCUUUGCUUUUCUUUCCCACAUUACACCGCAGCAUUUGAAGGUGAUAUCUGGAAGGUUACAGUUAUCUUUCAUAAAUAUAAGCUAUUUAUUUCCUGCUCUGUUUUUUUUUAGUUUUAAAAUUGCAUUUUAAGGAAAUAUCACAUUUAAGAUGACGUGUAUGUGAAUUGUCAAGUGAAAUAAUCUACUGUUGCUUGUUGCAUACGUAGUUCACUAAUAAGUAGCAUGCAUGAAAAUAUUCCUGUUGUGAAUAAUGCAUGACUAAAUUUCUCUCAGUUAGAAAAGCAAUAGCAUUUAGCAGUCACUGGGAACACCACAAGUCAGUGUGUAUAAAUCAAUGGUUAUAAUACUUAAAAUUAUUAUAAUAAUGAAACCCAAGGAAGGAAAAUAAGAUAAAGUUUGAUUCCGGUGUCACAAAUGCAAUUGCAGUCAUUAUUAGUUGGCCCUUGACACCCAAGGAAUCAAAACUUCUUCAAAUUAUACUUCCAGUCAUCAUUUCAGAUGUCAAUAUUUUAUCAAACAAAAACAUCAAGGUGGCCCACAUUUUCAAAUGCAUAGAACAUAGAACAGUACAGCACAUGAACAGGCCCUUCGGCGCACAAUGUUGUGCCGAACUAAUUAAGCUAAUAAUACCUAAUUAAACUAAUCCCUUCUGCCUGUACAUGGUCCAUAUCCCUCCAUUCUCUGCAUAUCCAUGUACCUAUCUGAGAGCCUCUUAAAUGCCUCUAUCAUAUUUGCCACCACUACCACCCUUGGCAUCGCAUUCCAGGCACCCACCACUCUAUGUAAAAAAACUUGCCCCACACAUCUCCUUUGAACUUUCCUUCUUUCACCUUAAAUGCAUGCCCUCUAGUAUUAGGCAUUCCAACCCUGGGGAAAACGAUACCGGCUGUCUACUCUAUCUAUGCCUCUCAUAAUUUCAUAAACUUUUAUCAGGUCUCCCCUCAGCCUCCACUGCUCCAGAGAAAACAUCCCAAGUUUGUCCAACUUCUCCUUAUGGCACAUGCCCUCUAAUCCAGGCAGCAUCCUGGUAAACCUCUUCUGCACCCUCUCCAAAGCCACCACAUCCUUCCUAUGAUGGGGUGACAAGAAUUGAAUGCAAUACACCAGAUGCGGCCUAACUCUGACUCUGACUAAAACUCUAACUCUGGUUAGAGUUUUAUAAAGCUGCAGUGUAACCUCCUGACUCUUGAACUCAGUGCCUUGACUAAUAAAGGCAAGCAUGUCAUAUACCUUCUUCACCACCCUAUCUACCUGUGCAGCCACUUUGAGGGAGCUAUGGACUUGGACCCCAAGAUCCCACUGCACAUCAAUACUGUUUUGGGUCCUACCAUUAAUAGUGUACUUUCCCUUUACAUUUGAUCUCCCAAAGUGCAACACCUUGCACAUGUCCAGAUUAAACUUCAUCUGCCAUUUCUCUGCCCAUAUCUGCAACUGAUCUAUAUCCUUUGCCAGUCUUCUAUACUAUCCACACCACCACCAAUCUUAUUGUGAUCUGCAAUCUUACUAACCCACCCAUCCACAUUUACAUAUAUCACAAACAGAAGAGGUCCCAGUAUGAAUCCCUGUGGAACACCACUGAUCACUGACCUUCAGCCAGGACAAGACCCAUCCAUCAACCACUGCCCUCUGUCUUUUAUGGGCAAGUCAAUUCUGAAGGCAAACGGCCAAUUCACCAUGGAUCCCAUGCAUCUUGAUUUGCUGGAUGAGCCUACCAUGAGGGACCUUGUUGAAUGUCUUUUACUAAACUCCACGUAGACAGCAUCCACUGCUCUAUCUGCGGGUGAUUUCUGUUAACUGCUCAGAUUUCAUUCUUUAUGAUAUCUGUGCUCUUGCCUUUAGCAUAUUCCUAUAUACAAUACUUGGCACAUUUAGUAUUAAUAAAGAAAAGUGAAUUCAUUUGGUGCUGAAAAGUUGUUUAAAAUUUAACAUUGAAUAAUGAAUGCAUUUAAAGUCAAUGGUGGAAAAAAGUUAAUCUUCUGGUACAAAAUUACACUUCUAUCUCAAAUUUUGAAGUAAUAUAAUAAAUUAGUGUUAACCCUUUGCACUCCGUGCCCCAAGCUGGAAGUAAAAGCCUUAAGCUUACUUCCCAUGAGGUACGAAAUCACAUUGUUUAUUUUUGUAAUAAUAAUUAUUGAUUAUGGUUUUCAUCAUGUUCUCUUACAAAAUAUUUUACUUCAAUUAAUACUCAGACACGUAUCUGCUGAUUCAAGUCUGUUCAAGAAAUUAUUUUCUUUUUGCCAUUGCAACAUGACUGAAAUAAAAUUUAAUCAUUACAUUCUUAAUUAUGUAACCUUUAGUGUAAACAUCCGGUUAUAACUUGGAAGUUAUAAAUGGAACAUAAUCUUCUACUUUGCUUUCUUUAUUGCAGUGUUGACAUAACAAAAUUUGUGAAUUAAAAUCAAUCAGAAGCAAGAAAAUAUGACUCAACAUUUCAUAAAUAUUGCAACCAAUUUAUUUGUUAAAAAUACACAUACCCAAGCUGGUGAAACUAUGGUGUAUUAUCUUACUGACGGGUACCUCAGUGUGUAAUCAGUUGGAGUUAAGAUGAACAUACUGAACCAGUAAAGACUGGUGAAUGUAAUAUAGAAAAUUUGACUUCUUGCACCCGCUGGGUUUCACCCUGUAACCACUAGAUGGCACUCACAUAUCUGGUCACAUUUUCUCAUUUACUAGUGAUAUAAUUGUUCUCAAAACAUUAUGAUAGCAUCUCUCUUUUUAAUGCAGCUGCAUCAACUCAAUUUUAUUUUAGAAAAUCAUAACCUAAUUAUGAUGCACAAUUAAUGGA